AUGGACGAUUUCCUCAUCGCAGUUACCAUUGCGCUCGUGCUCAUUCUCAUGGAUGCGGCUGAUAAGUGGUGGACCGCUACCUCCUCAUCGGAGCAGAAUGCUCUUGGGGAGGAUGCUUUUGAAAUUGAGAAUAUCGCUGUCGGCCCGUACUGUGUCAUUGAUACGUUCCACCAUCCUCACGUAGCCCCGACAGAAUCGACAGAUCCAUAUCAAGGCCGCCCGAAGAAUACAGGGAAGGGGAUGGACGAGCCUGUGGUGACCAGCGCCGAUCAAUAUGGAUCGACCCAGGCCCCAUGGAUCUCCGAGGAUAUGACCUCGACGGCUUGGGACAGCUGGAUGCAAUGGGAUGGGUCGGAUCCAUCAGUGCCUAUGAAGACCUUCAACCCUCAAGCUUCGUAUAGCGCUCCGCUGGAGCCGACAACGCAACCUCAAUCGUCGCAAGGCUUUUCGGGGGACACGCCGAAUAUGCUCCCAACUACUACGUCAGGAUCGAUCACUUACUUUGGACAGCCUCUGCGCAGUCCUCACCAGUUUGAAUUCCAGGCGUCAUCGUCGGCUCCGAACGUCUCCGCUGGAGCGACUAUAGGGGCUUCACUUCCAAGGGAUCCAACCUGGCCCUCCGAUGAGCGUCUCAACGGCUCCGUAUCGCCAUCCUUAAUUACGAAGUUCCUCGAACCCGAAACUCUAUCGGCCCCUCAAUAUCCUCACGUCUCUCCUCCGUCACGGUCAUUAUCAACGCCCAGCCUUCAACACAGCCCUCAGGACCGCCCCAGCUCAUCCCAUUCCGAGGCAUCAUCGCAAAACUCGACAUCGGAGCCUGUGUCGCAGUCAAAGACCCGGAAGCGGAAAAUAUCAGGCGACCAGGACUCCUCGGACAAUAGAACCGACAAGAACCAGCCGGUCAAGAAAACCGCCCAUAACAUGAUCGAGAAGCGAUACCGAAAUAACCUCAAUGACAAGAUCGCGGCCCUUCGAGAUAGUGUACCAAGUCUUCGCGUCAUGAGCCGAACUAAUGACAGCAAAGACGAGGAUGAGACGGAAGAUUUAGAAGGGUUGACUCCGGCUCACAAGCUGAAUAAAGCGACCGUCUUGUCCAAAGCUACCGAGUAUAUUCGCCAUCUUGAAAAGAGCAAUAAGCGCCUUUCCGAUGAGAUGGCGACCCUUCGAGCACGGCUAGAUACGUAUGAUCGGCUUGCGACGACCGCACCGUUGACCUUCAACCCCUCAGUUACGGGCACACCGGGAUCCCACCAAUUUCCCGAAGAUGCUUUCUCGCCAAAGUCGAGCGCGCUGUCGACACAAGCUCCCCAGCGGCCUCCUCAGGGCAUGAUUCCUCUGCCAGAAAGCAUGAUCAACCUGCAUCGAGCCGCGAUGAGCCAGGCUCAUUAUGCCCAACAACAAGCAGGAUAUCCGCAAUAUAGUGCUGCACCCGACCAUUCGAAUGCUCCGCCGCAACCUGGAAUGCCGGCUGGCCGUGGAUACUCGUUCGGGAAUAAACUGAUUGUAGGAUCGCUUGCUGGUAUCAUGAUCCUCGAAGGAUUCUCUGAGAGCGAGUCCGAGAGCGAGGGUACAGAAGCACGAGGAUUGAUGGCGCUGCCGAUGCAGCUUCUGAACAUGCCCGGUAUUCCCGCGUCCUUUGGCGGCCCGUCGGCGGUGUACUUCAAGCUUGCGAAGAGCAUGUUGGUCUUCUGUGCCGUCGUUUACCUCUUGUUGCCGUUGUUCGAUUUCAAACCGAAACCCAAACGGAAAACCAUCGCCCCCAUCCGACUGGCACCCGCUCCAUCGUCGGCUUCGCCCGUCGAGGUCCGACAAAUGGCCUGGCUGACGGCCAUCCAAACGGUCUGGGUCCCACAGCAUAGUUUCUUCCUGGAAGUAGCGGCUUUAGGUCUCAAGACGCUGAAGCUCAGCACACGCAAGCUGAUCGGCUGGCAUGGCUAUGCUUUACUCACCGGCAUCACAAAAGAGCAGGAGCUCGCUCGCGUCAAGGCAUGGGAAAUCGCAUUGGACUCUCAACUCACCGGGGGGGACGCGGAGAUUAGCAUGAGCCGCCUGGUGCUCACGCUCGUGGCGUCGGCGACGUUGCCUAGCACGCCAGAGCGCCUGAUGCUCAAGGCCCUGCACAUUCGCGUGCUGCUGUGGGAGGUUGCCAACGCCGGCUACGGUGCGUGGUAUAUGUUCGAAGAGCUUAGUGCGAAGCUGGCUCGAGGCUAUUGGAAGGCCGCGCUUGCCGACAUCUCCGUUUCGAACGGGUUGGGGAAAGAUGGUCGCGAGGGUGAUGCGGCGUUGCCGGAUCACCUUAUCGCGCUUCUCGAGCAACCCUGCGACGAUGUCUUGGUCCAGCCGAUUGUCCAGCGGGCAUAUAACCUCGCGUGGAAUAAACCUCGUGAUGUCUCGAGUCGGUGUGUCGACGACCUAAUGGACAGCGUGAUCGAAGAUUUCUCCAUCUCAUCCCCCCUCGACGCCCUAGCAGCAUGGUGGUCAAGCCUCGCGCUCAACAAGGCCCUCUGCAUUUUCCUCGACCCUUCUCCCACCCCGACCUUAUCCACCUCCCCCACCUCCUCCACCUCACCAAGCUCCACAUCCUCGUCCUCCUCCAUCAUCCACCACCUCGACCUCGCCAUCCGCACCGCCCCCCCGGGUUCCACCGCACACAUCCGCGCCCUCGUCGCCCGCACCAUCCUCGACAACCACGAUCCCCGCGCCUCUAUCUCCGCCGCCCUCUCCGCCCUUCCGCCCUCCCCAUCCCCCUUCCCCCUUUCAACCCUCGUCAUCAACGCUAUCUCCCCCCGCCCCGUUGCCCUCGACGUCCGCGUCGCCCUCACCCUCGCCAAGUGCCUUUGCCUCGCUGAAACCCCCCACUCACCAAUCCAUCACUCCGCCGCCGCCGACGACGCGCGCGCGCGCGCCGCUGCGGUGGUCAACUCGCCGCUGGUGGCGCGCCCGGACGAGUUCACGCUGCUGUCGUUCGUGGCGGCGUAUACGGUGCUGAACGCGUUCGUAGAGGACGCGGGGAUGUUAGGUCGGUGUAGGGCGGGGCUGGAGCGGUGGGCUGGGGCGCUAAGGGUGUGGGUUGGGGGGCCGAGCGGGGCACGGAUCGGGCUGGGGGAGGGAGGGAGGGAGAGGGUAGUGGAGAGGUGUAUUGCGGUGAGUCGGGUGUUGGUGGGGGUGGAGGAGGAGAAGGAGGGAGUGGAGGAGGAGAUUGAUGCGGGGUAUGCGAGUCUGGAGGAGGGGGAGGUGCCGGGCGUGGAGGCGCUGUGA